ACAAUUAUUUUAACAGCCAGGAAGUCUGCUGAAGAAAACGCUUCUUAUAAAGAAGGCAGAGGGGGUUCACCCAGAUCACAUAGGAAAAAGUUUCCUAUAAGCACCUUUAGUUGGGAAUGUCUCUGCUGUCAUUCCUGAGACGAGGGAAAAAGAAACCAGAGGUGCCUUCAUGCCAGAGGAUCUUUCAAAAACCCAGCAAACCUCUUCUGCAGAAUUACCAGACUUUGCUGGAGAUGUGCUUGAAGAAUAAAUGCUUGUUUGAGGAUGAUGACUUCCUGGCUGACCUGAGUUCUAUUGGAAGAGGUCCACUGUUACAGAAACUUCCAUCAAAACUGCAGUGGAAGAGGCCACCUGAGUUACAUGAGAAUCCGGUAUUUUAUGCUGCAAAUACAAGACGACUUGAUAUUUGCCAAGGACUGGUGGAAGACUGUUGGUUCCUUGCUGCCCUGGGAGCCUUGACAUUCCAUCAAGACAUCUUGGCUCUGGUUGUGCCAAAAAACCAAAGCUUUGAUCGGAAGUAUGCUGGCAUUUUCCACUUCCGGUUCUGGCACUUUGGUGAAUGGGUUGACGUGGUAGUAGAUGACCGACUGCCGGUAAAUGAGGAUGGCCAGCUAGUUUUCCUCUCCUCUGUUUGCAAGAAUCUCUUCUGGGGAGCCCUUUUGGAAAAGGCAUAUGCCAAGCUGUACGGCUCCUAUGAAGAUCUGCAGAUUGGACAAGUGUCAGAAGCCUUGGUGGACUUUACAGGUGGAGUUAACAUGGCAAUCAAGCUGGCAGAGGCUCCUCCUGAUCUCUGGGAUAUUCUGACAAGGGCAACCUACAGCAGAUCUCUCAUGGGUUGCCAGACCCAUUUAGGGGAAAUAAAGGUGCUGGAGAAUGGGCUGGUAGCUGGUCAUGCCUACACAGUGACUGGUAUUAGAAAGGUGACUUGCUCGCAUGGACCAGAAAAUUUAGUGAGACUGAGAAAUCCCUGGGGGAAAAUUGAAUGGAAAGGAGACUGGAGUGAUAGCUCAGGGAAAUGGGACCUGCUCAGCCCUAAGGAGAAGAUUUUGCUGCGGAAAAAUAAUGAAGAUGGUGAAUUCUGGAUGUCUCUGCAAGAUUUUAAGACCCAUUUUGUAGAACUGAUGAUCUGUAAAUUAACUCCAGACCUUGUGAGCCAGGAGGACGGAAAGAAGUGGAUGUACUCUCAGCAAAUUGGAAGAUGGGUCAGGGGAAGCACAGCAGGAGGAAGGAUGAAGCAGUAUAAUGGCACAUUUUGGAUGAAUCCCCAGUAUCGGCUGAAAGUUUUGCCAGGGGACAGCAGCAAAUGCUCCCUGCGCUCCUGUAGUGUGCUGGUGUCCCUGAUUCAGAAACACAGCAGCAAACAUCGGAACCGGGUACCUCACCUCUACAUUGGCUUUUUUGUCUAUAAGGUGGGCCCAGAGUACUAUGAAAGCAACAGAAGGCUGCCUCCAGAAUUUUUCACCAGAAACCAGGCUAUGAACAAAGUCCAUGUCUUCCUGAAUGACCGGGAAGUGACUCGGGAUUACCGACUGCGUCCUGGCUUCUACGUCAUCAUCCCGUCCACAUUAGAACCUCAUCAGGAGUCUGAGUUCAUCUUGCGGGUCUUCUCGAGGAGACACACCCUUUGUGAAGUGGGUGGAAAUUCAAGUUUUGUCCUCUCCAAGGAAAUAGUUGAUAGAUACGAAGGCAAGAUUUGGGAGGAUUUUUUCACUAAGCAUUUUGAACAACAUCCUGAAAUAAAUGCCAUGCAGCUCCAGAUGAUCUUGAACAACAUGCCCUGGACAAAUCUUCCAAACUUUCGACUGAGAUUUAGCUUGAAUGCCUGCCAGGGUAUCUUGGCACUGCUAGACCUCAAUGCCAGUGGUACACUGAGUAUUCAGGAAUUCAGGGUCCUGUGGAAGAGAUUGCUUUUCUAUCUGGAAAUUUUCCAGAAAAAAGAUAUUCACAGAUUGGGAAAUCUGGACUUAGUGGAACUGCAUGCAGCUGUACAGGAGAUAGGAAUCUCACUCAGCAAUGAAGUCUGUAAUCUGAUGGCAAUCCGAUACGGCAACCCUGAUCUGAAGAUCAGCUUUGAGAGCUUUGUCUGCUUCAUGCUGCGAGUGGAGAUCAUGGGGGAGGCCUUUCGCAACUUAACUAAAGAUGGCAAAGGAAUAUAUCUCCAGGAGUCUGAGUGGAUGAUGAUGACACUCUAUUCAUGAUGCAAAGCAGUGGAACCUAGAUGCACUGACCUACUCCGAGACAUGGAAGUCUGCUUUUAAUUAACUUGCUGUGCAUAUUGGACUCUUGUGCUGAAUCCCUAUUCAUAGGAGCAAUCAGUCUGAGGCUAGUGGGCUGACUUGCAUGAUAGCCAAAAUGAAUACGGAUUGCUGGAUAACACACCCUUGACUGAAGAAUGUUUCUUGAAGAACUGUUUCUCCUAUGAGCAGAAUUGACUGUAGGAUUCCAUACUUGGUGAAACGAAGAUUGGUUUUAUACAUCGUUGCAGAAAUCUCUGCUGAAAGCCAUAUGUUAAACUGACUGACCUUAUUAUGGCUGGACUGAGGGACCAAGUGAAUGCAAACUUUUGAUUUUGUAAUUCUUAUCACCAGUUACUAGAAUGAAAUGUCCUCUAGAAUGGCCUGAUUUUCUAAGGCUCCCAUAUGCUCUUAAGGUUGAUUGUAGCUGGAAACUACUCUCUCUCAGUUGGUAUUAGCAAUAAUGAUUUACAUUAUGGCCACAUGUAGGAGUAGGCCCUGCUGGCUUUGGGCUGAAUAGGCAUGGGAGAGGGACAGUCUUUUGCUUGAAUGGCUCAUGACCAAAAGACACAAACACCAUAUUUCUUGCAUACCACAUACAAAAGUUCCCCAAAAAUUAGCCCUCCAAAACUGGGGUGCAUCUUGUAAGUGGGGAAGCUGAUUUGCUGUGUGGAGUAGAAGCAUUGGAGACAUUGUAAAAUAGCUCCUAAUCCUUUUCCUUCUCUUCCCCCUCCCAGCACAGCGCAUGCAUGGAGGGACCAGGGUUGGAACAAACCAGUGCAACUGCUACCUUUUAGCAUCAGCUACAGUUUGAAGCCUUUCACAGCUGAAUUGGAGCAGGAGAGAGCUUAAUCUUCAGCUCAUUCACCUUUCCUGUCCUGCUUGGGCAACAGCAGCCAAUUCAGCUGUGAGAAAGUUAAAACUGUAGCCUUUGCCUGACCAGGAAAGGGAAGGUAAAUGAUCUGAAGAUUAGGAGCAGAGACAAGCCCAUGCAGUAUUAACUUCGGAAAAAUCUUUGUGUCUUCCUUCUGCCUUCCCAAAAACAAGGUGUUGGGGGGGUGUGAUAUGCAAGAAAAUAAAGUAUUCAAAUUCCACAACC